CGUGUACCAGCAUAAUCUCCCCCUCCUCGGACGUGCUCGGAAUCGUCAAGGCGCGGGUAUGUAGGGGCGGAGUAACAAGCCUGCAAAGGCGAUCAGCACGGUCAAGAUAGAGGUCGUGGCUCGUCGAGGAGACGGUCAGUCGCUCAUGUUAUUCCCUCGCGCGCUCUGUCACAUCCGCAUGACGGCCGGUCGCGUCGGCAGCGGUCUCUCGUAUCCUCACGGCAAUGCGAGAUUACCUCACCCUGAGGUGUCCCGUGCGAACGCGCCGCAUCGCGACGGUGAGCGAUUCUUUCACAUCGCGGGUGAGAUUGUUGAUGUUGCAUCACGUCGCAUCCAUCAUCCUAGAGGACUCGCGCGUGCCUCCGGCGGUUUGGAAGGCUCGGAAAAUGCGGAAUUGAAGGUCAAUUUCUCGUUCUGUACAGUCAGAAGCGAACUCACAACCCUCAAUGACCCCGAGAACCUACUGCAGCGCGCGUAGAAAUAGCCUGAAUGGUAGCCGCAUUCUCGUAUGAAUCGCUCUAGAGAU